AUGAACGAUCCGAAUGCUUCAAGAGAAAUGGCAGCCAUGGUCAAACUCCACUUCUUCUCACCAUAUUCAUUAACCUUUUUUCUACUUUGCUGCUGUUACCUAGUACUCUUCGGACCAACAACAACAAUAACUGCAGCAUUUGAUUCCCUCUGUUCAAACGUUGACGUAUUAGAGGAAUCCCACCAACAAGGCUUCCAGGUUGAAGAAUCCACCAUUGAAGACAUACAGCGAGCCUUCGCGUCCAAAAAGCUCACUUCCACACAACUCGUUGACUUUUACUUGAACCAGAUUGAGACCCUUAACCCGAUCCUUCGGGCCGUGAUUGAAGUCAACCCGGACGCACGUGACCAAGCCGCCGAUGCCGACCGCACCCGAGACGGCUCCUCCUCGAUGCUGCAUGGGAUUCCGGUGCUGCUCAAGGACAGCAUUGACACCAAGGAUAAGCUCAACACGACGGCCGGGUCGUACGCGCUGUUGGGGUCAAAGGUGGCGCGUGAUGCAGGGGUGGUGGAGCGGCUGAGGAAGGCCGGGGCGGUCAUUCUGGGGAAGUCCAGCAUGACUGAGUGGUACGGUCUUAGGGACCUCGGUUUCCCCGAAGGAUGGUGUGCUAGAAGUGGACAGGGUUCGAAUCCAUAUGUGCUAGGUGGAGAUCCAAGUGGGUCAAGCAGUGGAUCCGCGAUAUCAGUUGCUGCAAACAUGGUUGCUGUAUCACUGGGCACUGAAACUGAUGGCUCUAUCCUCUGUCCUGCAGAUUUCAACUCUGUUGUUGGCUUCAAGCCUACGGUUGGACUAACGAGUCGUGCUGGUGUCAUACCCGUUUCAACUCGUCAGGAUUCAAUCGGGCCAAUAUGUAGAACAGUUUCCGAUGCAGUCCAUGUGCUUGAUGCAAUCGUUGGCUUUGAUCCUAGAGAUUUUGCAGCCACAAAGGAAGCAGCAAAGUUUAUUCCUAUUGGCGGCUAUAAGCAAUUCCUGAAAUUGGAUGGGCUGGUGGGUAAGAGGUUAGGUGUGGUAAGAAAUCCGUUCGUGCAACUUUCCAAUCGGUCAAAUGCUGUCGCAGUUCUUGAUAGUCAUCUUCAGAAACUAAGGCAUGCAGGUGCAACUAUUAUAGAUGAUUUGGAGAUACCUGAUAUUGAUGUGAUUUUAGACCCCUUUCAAAGUGGUGAAUCGUUGGUGAUGCUGUCUGAAUUCAAGCUAUCCCUCAAUGAUUAUCUACAAGGUCUUACAGAAUCUCCAGUGCGAUCGCUAGCUGAAAUCAUAGCAUUCAAUGAAAACCAUCCUGAUUUGGAGAGCUGUGGACGCUUGGAUGGUCAAAAUGUUCUAAUUGCAGCAGAGUUCACAAAUGGGAUCGGCGAAGAGGAAAAGCAGGCAAUGAUGUUAUUGGAGAGGCUGUGUAAGGAUGGAUUCGAGGAAUUGAUGUUGGAGAAUGACUUAGAUGCAGUGGUGACGAUUGGUUCAUCUGCAUCGAUGGUUUUGGCGAUUGGAGGGUAUCCAGCAAUCACGGUACCUGCAAGCUAUGAUAUAGAUGGUAUGCCAUUUGGGAUAUUGUUUGCAGGUUUAAAAGGGAUGGAACCUAAGCUAAUCGAGGCCAUGAUGCGUGUCCUAUUACUUGUUACUCUUGUUUUGAGUCUUUCUUUUCCCAAUCAUUAUGCUGAUCAAGGUGGUUCGUUCUCGUUCAAAGAAGCUACUGUGAGUGAUAUCCGGAUUGCUUUGGAUGAAAAUAAGCUCACUUCAAGAGAAUUAGUGGAGUUCUAUCUUAAAGAGAUUCGAAGACAAAACCCGGUCCUUAAAUCAGUCAUAGAAGUGAAUCCAGAUGCCCUGAAACUAAGUGAUGAAGCUGAUGCGCAGCGAAAAGCUAGUAAGCCUGGUUCCUUGUCUCCUUUGGCUGGGAUCCCUAUUUUGCUCAAAGACAACAUUGCUACUAAGGAUAAGCUUAAUACCACUGCUGGUUCUUAUGCACUUUUGCGAUCUAUCGUACCGCAGGAUGCUGGAGUGGUGAAAAGGUUAAGAAAAGCAGGUGCAAUCAUAUUAGGAAAAGCAAGUAUGACUGAGUGGGCCGCUUUCAGGUCAUUAUCUAUGCCGAACGGUUGGAAUGCUAGACUUGGCCAAACUGUGAAUCCUUAUGUCAAAUCUGCUGAUCCCUGCGGAUCUAGCACUGGUUCAGCAGUGUCAGUUGCAGCAAAUCUGGCAGCAGUUUCCCUUGGUACAGAAACAUCAGGAUCAAUCUUGUGUCCAUCCAGCUCUAAUUCAAUUGUCGGAAUCAAACCAACUGUAGGCCUCACAAGUCGAGCCGGUGUAGUCCCAAUUUCGCCUCGCCAGGAUACCGUUGGGCCGAUAUGUAGGACGUUAACUGAUGCAGUGGUUGUUCUUGAUGUCAUUGUUGGAUAUGAUCCUGAUGAUGCAUUAGCAACCAAAAAAGCUUCAAAGUAUAUUCCAAAAGGAGGAUACCUGCAAUUUCUCAAGCGUGAUGGACUCCAGGGGAAAAGGUUAGGGAUUUUGAGGUACUCGUUCGUGGGAUUUGACAAUGACACUCGUUUACUUAAAACUUUUGCACCUCAUUUCAAAACUUUACGGCAGAGAGGUGCAAUAUUAGUAGACAUUGUGGAUACUGCCAAUUUCGACUCAAUUGUGGAUGGUUUGCUGAAAGAUGAAAAUACAGCGCUGUAUGCGGAGUUUAAGCCAGCCUUAAAUGCUUAUUUAAGCCGAUUGGUUGCCUCUACCGUGGGUUCACUUUCCGAAACAAUAGCCUUCAACAACAAACACUUCAAGCUAGAAAAGAUUAAAGGAUAUGGUCAAGACAUAUUUGAAGAAGCUGAGAAAAUUAACGUCACUGGCAAAGUAGAAAGGGAACUACUUCGUAAUCUAACUAGAGCUGACAAACUUGGGUUUGAGAAAUUGAUGAAGGAAAAUAAGCUGGAUGCCUUUAUAACACCUUUGUACAAUGCUGUUUUUGUUCUGUCUGCUGGAGGAUACCCUGGGAUCAAUGUUCCAGCCGGUUAUGACAGUGAUGGGGCUCCCUACGGAAUUUCCUUUGGAGGGCUAAAGGGCUCAGAACCAAAGUUGAUAGAGAUUGCUUAUGACUUUGAACAAUCUACCAAGAUCAGGAAGCCACCUCCUCUUUAAUGUCCUUAUCAAGGUGCUGAUUCUUGUAAGCACACUACAUAAAACCUUCAUUAUCAACUUAUUGCAAUUCUGAUGUAAUUUUCUGUUAACUCAUGCUGCUGAGAGGAGUUCUGCAAAUUGCUAAAGCGCGACUGAUUCAACUUGUACCUUAACUAAAAUAUUCUUACCAAUUCAAAAAAACUAAAAUAUUCUUAAUUUGGAAAGAACAGACCUCUAAACAACAUGGAGGAAAACUCAUAAAGUUUACACCUUUACUGUUGCUUCAUGAUAAAUGUUACACUCAAAAUAUUUUGGAAUUCAAUAUCAUCACUACAGUUUACAUGGAUUUCAAUCUGACACCUGGUAUAGACAGUAACAAACAGGAGCACACCCCAAAACAAAUUACUACUUAAUAAAUGAAGAAGUAAAAACAUGACAAACAAAGAAUGAAAGGAGAGUAACUGUUUCCUUAUGAUCUACCAGCAUGAACUCUGAUCCCUCUUUGUCAACCUGGUCGAAAUUUUGGUAACACUCAACAAAAAGGUUCAUUGCACUACAUAAAACAAAGGGUUGAGGAUGAUAUGGAAAGCUUUGUACUAAUGUGUACUUUGAGGAACAUUAAGAGUGAUCAGCCCGUGAAGGAGGAUUCGGAGGUUGAUUUCCAGGUUUGCCUGGCGAAUUGAAAUACCUCCUGGGAAUUUUUGGGAUGGGGGGAAGUUUCGGAAUAGGGGGAGCUCGUGGAAUUGGAGAGGAAGACCCCUUUGGUGCAGUUAUUGGGGGAGUAGAAGGCCCAAGUUUGGAUGCUGGUGAUGGUGCCGGCUUUACAGGAGAUGAUAUCUUGGGGGAUGGAACCAGGGGAGGAGCCUGUUUUGGGGAAACAGGCUUUGGGGUGUUUGUCAGGGGUGGAUUGGGCUUUUGAUAUGUGGGAGUUGGUGCGAUAGGAUUUGGAGGAAGUGGUUUUUUAUCAAUUGGCGAGACUGGAUGAAGCAGAGGCGGUGGUUUUGGGAAACUUGUAACAGGUGGCGGCAGGGGAUUCAUGUGAGUAGGAGGCAAUACAGGAGACGGAUUAUUGAAACUAGGCAGAGGUGGUGGUUUUGGGAAACUUGGUACUGUUGGUGGAAGGGGAUCCUCAUAAGGUGGAGCCAAUGGAGGUGAGGGCUUCAUGAUAUAAGGCGUUGGAGGUGAUGGAACAGGAGUUUUGACAUUAGGCACUGAUGGUGGUGGACUUGAAGUGUCACAUUUUGGUGGCAAAGUAGGAGGUGGAAGUCUGUUUGCAGGUGUUGGUACAGCUGGAUCCGGUACAUCAUUAACCGGUGGAGGAGGAAGAACAGGAUGGUUAUAACUUGAAGGUGGUGGGAUUGUUGUAGAAGGAGGAGUAGAUGGUGGUGGCAAUGAAUACACCGGAGGUGUAGGUGGUGGCGGCGAUGAAUAAACCGGAGGUGUAGGUGGUGGUGGCAAUGAAUAAACCGGAGGUGUAGAUGGUGGUGGUGAUGAAUAAACAGGAUCAGUAGGUGGUGGUGGCGAUGAGUAAACCGGAGGAGGUUGAGUUGUGGAUGGAACUUGUGUUAUUGGACCCAAAUGGUAAUAUGGUGGGAGGAAUGGUAAUGAAAAGG